UUCACAGUAAGUACACAAGUAUAUAAUGUAAGCGAGACAUCAAACACCCUUCAUUAAGAAACAGUCUGCUUUGUGACUGAUGUACUGCCACAUUUUCACAACAAUAUUGGCGCCACCAGAAGCGUGUUUCUGUAUAAGCAAAGCGCAAGAGUUGCAUCAACACGCCAAGAGAAAACACUUUUUCAGCAGGAUCAUGAUGGAAGGUCAAGGUAAAGACAGAAGGAUGACUAAACUGUGGAUAUUGACGUUACUGUUAUGCGUUUAACCUGCAUCUCACUUUCUGGAUAAAAAGGUUUCUCAACUACUGCGCGUUUUGGAUUGCGGAGCUGGGUUUCGUCCAAAAGGGUUUUGAAGAAGGAUUUAUUUCUCUUUUCCUAAUUUCAUAUUUCCUCAUCAUCCCAUCACUGCUUGGAAUAGCAGCUCUCUGAUGAGAACAGGUUAUUUUUCAAAGGAUACGAACCGAUCUGUGGAAAAGAAUGGCAACUUGGUUUACCUUUAUCAUCGCAAUUGUUAUAACGAUUUUUACGCAGGUUCUGGGAUCUGGUGUAUUCGAGCUUGAUCUUCAUCAGUUUCAGAAUAAUAGAGGUUUGCUGGCAAACGGCAUAGCCUGCAGUCCAGCCUGUAGGACUUUUUUCCGAGUUUGCUUGAAGAACUACCAGACCAUAGUGUCACCAGGUGACUGCUACUUCGGCAGUGUCGUUACACCUGUACUAGGCAACAACUCGUUCAGCGUUAUGGAGGACGGCACGUUCACUAAACCUAUUCGCCUGCCACUCACCCACUUUGCAUGGCCGGGUUCGUUUUCUCUAAUAAUUGAAGCAUGGUAUUCUCCUUCAGCGGAUCUACCUGAAGAUACAAACAACCCUGCCUUAUUGAUUAGUUCUUUUUGCAUCCAAAGAAAGUUGGAAGUAGGGGAUGAGUGGUCCCAGGAUGUGCAGAGUGGGGGGCAGACAGAGUUAAGGUACUCAUACCGGUUCAUCUGCAUUGAAAAUUACUACGGGGACAGUUGUUCCAAAAUAUGUGCUCCAAGAGACGACCGUUUUGGCCACUACACCUGCAACCCUGAAGGGCAAAUAUCAUGUCUACCGGGCUGGAAGGGAGAAUACUGCGAAGAACCAAUUUGCCUUGAAGGGUGCAGCAAAAAUAAUGGAAAUUGCUCAAGGCCAGGAGAGUGUGUAUGCAGAGAGGGUUGGCAGGGCAACUUCUGUGAUGAGUGUAAGAGGCAUCCGUCCUGCAAACACGGCACCUGUCAUCAGCCCUGGCAGUGCACCUGCAAUGAGGGCUGGGGAGGCCUCCUCUGUGACCAAGAUCUGAACUAUUGCACCCAUCACAAGCCGUGUCGUAACGAGGCCACCUGUAUGAACACGGGCCAGGGGAGCUACACCUGUACCUGCCAGCCAGGCUUCACAGGGGACAAGUGUGACAGCGAGGUCAGGGAGUGCGACAGCCAGCCCUGUCGGAAUGGAGGCCUGUGCUUGGACCUUGAGAACGGUUAUAGGUGUGCAUGCCCACAGGGGUACGAGGGGUCGCACUGCGAGCACAGAAUGCUGACUUGCGCUGAUUCACCCUGCUUCCACGGGAAAUGCAGAGAAAGAGACAACGGGCGGAGCUACUUGUGCGAGUGCCCAGGGGGCUUCACUGGACUCAACUGUGAGAAGAAAGUGGACAAAUGCACCUCCCUGCCCUGUACAAAUGGUGGACGUUGUGUUAUCCACGGCACCACACGCUGGUGCAGCUGCCGCUCAGGAUUCACCGGCCCACGCUGUGAGAUUAACAUCAACGAGUGUUCCAUGAACCCCUGCGCCAACGGAGCCACCUGCAUGGACCGCAUCAACGACUACACCUGUAUCUGCCCCCUGGGCUACAAUGGCCGCAACUGUGACAAGCCUACUGACCGCUGUGCCCCCAAACCCUGCCGAAACGGUGGGACAUGCACCGAUGGGGCCAAAGGCCAGCCCGCUGCCUGCACCUGCCCAGCACACUUCAGUGGCCCCCAGUGCCAGUACUACAACGUGCCUUUACUCAUCUCCCCCAGCCCCAGCCCCAGCCCCGUCAGAGAGCCCCUGGACAGGCUCCACUGGGCAGCCAUCUGUCUGGGUGUGGGCCUGGUGGUGCUCCUGGUGCUGAUCUGCAUGGUGUCCAUGGUCCUGCGCCACAUCCAGCAGCAGAGGAAGAGGGAGCAGGCCUCAGAAACCAUGAACAACCUAUCAGAUGUCCAGAAGGAGAACCUCAUAUCUGACCUGCAGCUGAAGAACACCAACCAGAAGGUGGACCUGGACCUGGAGGUGGAUUGUCUCAGGGAGAAGUCACAAAACCAUAAACACAUCAACUACCACUUGGACUACAAAACCUCCAAGGACUACAAGGAUGAACCAUCACAAGAGGAUAAAGAUGACAACUGUAAAAAGACCAUAGAGGAGAAAAUGCCAUUGACUAGAAAAUACAGCGAAAGGCCAGAGUGUAGGAUAUCAACGAUAUGUUCUCCAAGAGAUUCAAUGUACCAGUCUGUGUUUGUGAUAGCAGAGGAGAAAAAUGAAUGCGUCAUAGCAACUGAGGUAUAAUACAUGGAUGGUAUCAGACAUUCUGAAGAAUGGAUAUCUUCUGGACUGUUUACAGCUGUAGAAUUAGACUGGGAUUUAUUUAACUGCAAAUUGCUGCUCUUGAAAACUUGAUAACUGGUCCGAGCCUGUGUGCUCUAUGAAUGCAAUAGGACUCAAACUACAGACCUUUGUUAAUAUGUAAGGACUGAACAGACUGUAAUUGAGAAAUAAUGUAGACUUUUGGACGUUUCACCCUCAGUGUGUACUGACAGAUUCAGCCCCUUGACAGAACAUCCCACCAUAUCCAUGGGGAAAAACGCCUAUGUUAAUGCCAGCAUGCCCAUUAGCAGGAGGAGAGGGCUCUGUCUGGAGAUACUCCACCUUAUUGUGAUAAUCAGCAACCAACCAAUCAACUUACUGCCAACAAGCCUGUGGAAGGAGCCAACUACUUCAAUUUCUCUACCCUGGUGAAGUGAUAUGUAAUAAGGCAGACUUUGUUUAAUAAACUUUCAAGGAGAGGAAAAAACAAAAUUCUGGAAACGGUUCAUUUUAUGAGAAUAUUUGAGACCCAGGCCUAUGUCAAUUUUGUAAAUUAAAUUUUAAACUUUUAUAAACAAUGUAUGCAUCCCGAAUCACAGAGCCUUAAGUAUGGGUUAAAGAGCUAAAUUGGUGCCCAGCUUCUUCUUGGAUCCAGUGCACAACAAAAAAUGAAGGGAAAAUACUUUGAAGAGAAAACAACUGAUGCAAUACAUGAUGCAGUGCCAGGGGGUUUCAAGAAUAAGCAAUAUUUACUUCUUAUUAUGCAACAUUGCCCAGAAAUGAAGACAAAGGAAAACAAAAGUGACUAUCAUACCAAGGACGCCUUUAAUUAGAGUUGACUUCACUGAACCAAUAAUGUUAUUUUUAAGAUGAGUAUUUCACUAGUUAUUUAAAUAUUUUUAAGCACUGGCCUUUCUAUGUUUUAUAAGAUUAUUUUGUAUAUAAUGUAUAUUUAUAAAUGUAGAAGUCUGUGUACAACUGUUUUUUAUUUUAUGGCCAAAAAGUUGAAUUUAAGUUUUAAUGUUGUUGUGAUUGUUUUUUAAACAAUGAACAAAUAUCUGGUACACUGUCGUUUGUUGGCUUCAUGUUGAGUAGAUGUGGUCAACUAUAGAGCUAUAAAUAUGCCUAGAUAUUGGAAUGAUCAAGAACCUUCAGUUGAAGUCCAUCACCUGUUGUGGAAAUGGCUUCAUUGUCUAGAUAAUGUAUGACGUAGCAGUUCUAAUAAUCACAUGUAUACGGUGGUGAGAGGCAUGUGUGUCAAUGUGAUGUUAAAUCAAUGUGCUCGCAAUCAUUCAGUGGACAGUUUUGUAUGUGACAGCAAUGUGAGAAAUCUGGACAAAGUUAUAUAUUAAAACAUGUAAUGUUAAAGUACAGUACACAGAUUGGUCAGUAUUUGAAUGGAAGUGUUUCUUUCAAAAAUAACACCAAUCUCAUCGCUAUGCCCCUUGUUGUUAAGCAUUCAAGUCGCUUUCAACUGACUUCAAAUUUCAAGCUGUUUUCUUGGAUGUCCGCCCCAUAAGCUAAAAUACUGAGAUGAGGAGAGGGCACAAUCUAGAAAAGAGGCUACUUAACAAACCAGGCAGAUGCUUUAGGGUGUGACCCUACACCACUGUGAAAAUCAGUUCAUGCCUCCUCUCUAACUAAGCAUGAAUGCAGCAAAUUGGGCCCCAGGAGUCCAGUGGCAAGUUACCAGCAGCCUUGAAGGGUUGCAAAAGCCAACACAACACCCUGGCCAGUCCUGAUCUCCCAACAAAGACAUGUAGGCUAUCACAUGCUUGCCGUGACACACACAUGCCCAAAUGGAAUGACUUUAACAUAUCUAGACUGAAAAAACACCUGAUUAUCCAUCUCUAGUAUUAUAUUGAUUAGUUUGAUUAAUUAUUUUGUCCCAACAACCCUAACACCCACACAUUUUUCUUUUCCACAUAUUCUGUCCCAUUUUACAACCUCAUCAGACAUCUACCACAAAGCCAUGUAUUUUCAUUGUGUUAUAAUAAAAGCAUCCCGUUCGUGGCCAUCA